AUGAUUAAAUUCUUUUUACUAUCAAACAAACAAGGACAAAUUAGAUUAUCACAUUACUAUGACUUUAUACCAUUCGAUCAACGUCCUGCAAUGGAAGCAGAGAUUGUUAGAAAGUGUAUCUCUAGAAAUGCAAGUCAAUGCUCUUUUGUAGAAUACAAAGACUAUAAAUUGGUGUAUCGCAGAUACUCAUCACUCUACUUUAUAGUUGGUGUUGAUAGUUCAGAGAAUGAAUUAUCAAUCUUGGAACUAAUACAUAAUUAUGUAGAGAUACUAGAUGCUUCAUUUGAACAAGUUUGUGAAUUAGAUAUUAUGUUUCAUCUAGAAAAAGCACAUUUUAUAUUGGAUGAAAUGAUUUCAAAUGGUCAUAUAUUGGAGAUAUCUAGAUUUCAUAUAUUAGAGUCUGUCAAUUUAAUGUCGAUUGCUGAUCAGAAAUCUUGA